AUAGAGAAAUAACGCGCAUUAUUUUUGCAUAGGCCUACUAUACUCCAUACUUUUUUCUGUAUUAACUUCUUAUUUCUUUCAGUGAAUUGGACAAUGAAUGGACUGAUUUAUGAAUUUAUUAUGUUUGGGAUAUGUUUAUUAAUUUCUUUUUUACUGGUUCCUUGAUGUAUCAUUUUUGAAGUUAUGAAAUUUAUGAAGCCAGUUUUCACUGGAAGAAGCAAUACAAAAAUAUUGCACGCUUCGGUAAUCGUACAUAAUUCUACAUGCACGCGGUCAGCAGUACGGUACCGUACGCGUACUAACAGCAUAUUUACCCGCACUGCACUGCAGUCCACUAGUUUUGACAACGUGUCACUCGUCGCUAUCGGCUGCUCCUGUUUGUGUGUUUUCGUUUGUUAAUCUCUUGUCGUUUUACAUUAAAGUUAGAGGUAAUAGUUCAAUAUGUCACGCGAUACAUCUAAAAUAAUUCUUUUUGAUGUCGAUGGGACCCUUACUGCUGCUAGAAAAGUUAUCGAACCUGAUAUGGUUACCUUUUUGGAGAAUUUGAUGCAUAAAUACCCAGUUGGUCUCGUUGGAGGAUCAGAUCUGGCCAAGAUUGAAGAACAGAUGGGUGGUAGAGAUAGACUCAACAUGUUUGAUUUCGUCUUCGCAGAGAAUGGGCUCGUUGCAUUAGCAAAUGGAGAGAUCAUUGCUAAAGAGAGUAUCCAAAAGUUUAUGGGAGAGGAUAAAAUACAAGAAUUAAUCAACUUCAGUCUUGGAUACCUCUCUGGUGUAAAACUACCACGCAAACGAGGUACAUUCAUUGAAUUCAGGAAUGGCAUGCUUAACAUCUGUCCGAUUGGGAGGAGCUGUACUUAUGAAGAGAGGGGAGAAUUCAGCGAGUUUGACAAGCAACAUGGGAUAAGGACAACAAUGGUUGAUGCACUUCGCAAAGAGUUCACCAAGGAUGGUCUUGUGUUCUCUAUAGGAGGGCAGAUCAGCAUAGAUGCAUUCCCAACAGGAUGGGACAAGACUUACUGUCUUAGAUUUGUGGAAAAGGACUUCAAAGAAAUCUACUUCUUUGGUGACAAGACAUACAAGGGUGGCAAUGACCAUGAGAUCUUCGAAGACUCAAGAACAAAAGGCUUUACUGUGGUGAGUCCUGAGGACACCAAGAAACAAGUAUGCCAACUCUUUGGUAUAGAAUGAAGUCUUCACUUGUAAAUCACAUAAGUUUGUAUACCUGAGAAUGUAAUAUUUAUUUUUACAAAAUUUACAGUGUCUAAACAGUUAGUGAACCCCACCAGAAAAUGAACAUAAAUGUUUAAGUUCUGCCAUGUUAUAGAUAUUUUAAUUGUAAAGUCAGGUAAUGAAGUUUGUUUCUCUGGGCUCGCCUAAACAUUGUCGUUUUGUUCUUGCAUUAAAUACUCAGCAUGAAGGAAUGCAUUUUGUGGUGGGGUUCACUAACAUUCUAGCACCACUGUAUGUGCUAAUUCGAUGUACAUUCCGUUUUAUUCUGCGAUACAUUCAGUUUUUAAUACGAUGCAGCAGGGAGGAGGUGAAGUUAAUAGUAAUGUUGGUUGUGUCAUACAUUUGUUCAUUUCAAAAUUAUUUUUGUAGUAAAUCCAUUGGCAAUUUACAGGGGCACCUCUCCAAUUUUCAAAUGCUAUUUGAAAAAAAAACUAGUAAAAUUGACCUGGAACCCACUGUAAAUUUACUCCCCAGAAUGCAAAAUAAAAUAUGUUGUUAAUUAAUUAAAAUAUGUUAAUUAAAGGAAGAAUGAAUAUUGAAUUGGAUUUAUGUAUAAAGUUAGGACAAUUAGAUUGGUAAAAGAUAUACAGCUGGUAUUCUUAAUUUAAAAAUGGAAAAACUGUACCUCUUUAUAUAAUCAUAGACUGAUCAUCAUUAUUGAGAAACCUACCUACCUGUAUGUUUAUGUUUAUUCAUUCCCAACGAAUGGUCCUCAUCAUUAAAUAAGGACCAGUAAUCCUGAUGAUUUUUGAAAUUUGUAAAAAUCUAUCUAAAUCUAUUACAUUUUAUGUGAUUUGCAAGUUUGGAUAUAAUUUUAAAUAGUUUGGGGAGAUUUAUUUUAUCUGGGCCCCCCCCCCCCCUCAUUAAGUAUUCAUUGAAAUCUGAAAAUAAUUUCUACAUGUUUUAAUUUUUCUAUAUUUCUGUAUCAAGUGCCUUAUAAUUUCUUGCUUGACUCUUGAAUAUGUAUUUGAAUCGUGUGUGUAAUGUUCAUGAUUUUAUAUGAUAAAUUUUAUCACUUUCAGAGUUUCAGUUCAAAUAAUUGGUGGAAUUAAGAUCAUUUUAGAUUAUAUUUUAAUACAUCCUGCAGCAUUUAGUUAUUUCCAAAUAUAAUUGGAAAAAAACUGAAAGUUUUAGUUUAUAGUUGCAAUAAUAUCAUACAAAGAAACCUUUGAAAUUUGAGACCACGUUAUUGUCAGUGUUUUCUAUUGUGAACAGAAUCUGUUGUAUAGUGAAUAUACAUGUAUGCGAUAUUGGUAAAGGUCUUUCUUGGAGGAGUACUUUAAUUUCAAAGUGGGUUAUUGUUGAAAAGUUUCUGUAUAUUUAAGAUAGAUAUAAUUCAAAUAAUUAUUGAUGUUGAUGUAAAUAUUAUUUACAUGCCUAAAAUAUGUUGGAAACCAUUAUCUAUGGUAUGUUACAUGCCACUUAUGUGAAAUGAACAUGUCAGGUUUUUUUGAUAAGUUUUUACAUAGUGAAGAAACGUUUGGUAAUGUAAGUGUAAUAUAUACGUAGGAUGUACAAAUUUAUGUCUGCUGCAUCUAUACUAGAAUACUGUCAAUGCAUAUUAAAACUUUAAUAACUCCCUUUUCAUUGGGCUGAAAUUUUCAGGUUACAAAAUUGAUUUAUGUUUUAGUACCAUGUAGAUGUAUUUUAACAGUUAUUUAUGAUCAUAUUUUUUCCUAAGUUUAUAAGUGGUAUAUGAGUUUCAGAAAACAAAAAAAAUAUUGAUUUUUAGCCAUGUUUUUUUUUUUACAACAACGAAAACAAAAAUGCCAAGUCCUUCCUGUUUGUUCCCAUGGAACAAUGUGACUUAAAAAAAUAAUCACUUUUGAAUGAUUGUUUUAUAAUGAUUUUGAAAUUAUAUGACAUGUUUAUGGCUUGUUGAAGUAAACAUAAUGCAUGUAUCUAAUGUAAAAAAAAUAAAUAAAGGAUCAUAUAAAUGAGUACAAAUGAAUUAUCUCUGUUUAUGCAUUAUUAUUCAAUUUAUUUUUUUGAAAUAAUAAACAGGAGGGAUUUUUGGCAUGGCAACUGCUUCAAUACUGAUGAUUAUGUGUGAAUGUACCAACAACGGAUUUGUGAGAAAUAAAAUAUGUGAUUUGGGAGUAAAAACAAGAGCCUAGCCCUAGGAAAAUGUAUAAUGAUCAUCUUAUACUUUUAUUGGAUCUUGCUUUACAUGCUAGUCCAUUUACUUAACCUCUUUCUUUUAUGAUAACAAUAAAACUUAUCAAUUGAUUCA